AUGAGGAACAACUAUUAAAGGAAGCUAAGAACUAAUUUUAUUAUUGAAGAAAUAACACAGAAAAAAGGAAAAAUUAAUUAAAAUUAAUAUCUUAGAAUGAGGAAUAUCGAUAAAUGUUGGAAAUUUAGAAUUUGA